GAAGGCCUGGCCACCCUCCGCAACCCGCGGUGGCGCACAGUCUCCUCCUCCAGCUCUGCAGACUCAGGCCUGGUCUUUUCUCCUGGAGACACGUGCCCAGGACACUGCAAGGGCCACAGGACCCUGAUGGCUGAGGACCAGGAAUCAUUGACCUUCAAGGAUGUGGCUGUGGACUUCACCCUGGAGGAGUGGGGCCAGCUGGGGCCUGGCCAGAGGGAGCUGUACCGGGAUGUGAUGCUGGAGAACUACCGGAACCUUCUUUCCCUGGGGGCCGGGCCUCCUGGGUCCAAACCUGACGUGAUAUCUCGUCUGGAGCGAGGGGAGGAGCCCAGAAUGGAGAAGAGGGAAGCCCAGCUAGCUGCCUGUCCAGCCUUGGAUACCAGCUCUGCAACACCUCAGGAGACACUUCUGAGAGAGAGCGUUUCUGAAGAGGCUACUUCCCCUGUGGGAAAGAAGGAGGGGGUUUUAAGGGUAGUGCUUGGAGAUGCCAGGCUGGGAGGAUCCUGGGCCUGGAGCUGUCAGUUGGAGGACCAGGGAAAGCAAGAGAGGCGUUUGAGGUGUUUGUUUGCUCCUCGCAAGGAAACCAUCUGUGGGGAGAAAGGCAUGGGGUGUCUCGAGCUGGGGCAGAGCUUCAGACAGACCUCAGCCUUCAUCAAGAAGCAAAGAGGGCCGGUGGGAGAGAGAACUCGGAAGAGGAAUGGACCAAGAAAGAUCCUGAAAUGCCAAAGGACCUUCAUAGAAAAGAAGCCAUUUAACUGCAUAGAAUGUGGGAAAACCUUCAUUUACCAUUCAGACUAUAUUCUGCACCAGAGGACUCACACAGGAGAGAAACCCUACAAGUGCAAUGAUUGCGGGAAGGCAUUCAGCAACAGCUCCUAUUUCAUUCAGCACCACAUCAUACACACGGGAGAGAAGCCCUACAUGUGCGGUGAGUGCGGCAAGACCUUCACUCAGAGCUCAUCGCUUACUGAGCAUCAAAGGAUCCACACUGGAGAGAAGCCAUACAAAUGCAAGGAAUGUGGGAAGGCUUUCACCCAGAGCUCCUCCCUCAUUAAACACCAGCGGUGCCAUACCGGGGAAAAACCCUAUAAAUGCGACCAGUGCGGGAAGUUCUACUCACAGGUGUCCCACCUCACCCGCCACCAGAAAAUCCACUCAGGGGAGAAGCCCUACAAAUGUGCUGAGUGUGGCAAAGCCUUCUGUCACACUUCCUCCUUGACUCAGCACCAGACCAUCCACACCGGAGAGAAACCCUACAAAUGUAACGAGUGUGGGAAAACCUUCAGCCACAGCUCAUCCCUCUCCCAGCACCAGCGAGUUCACACGGGAGAGAAACCCUAUGAGUGCUCCGAGUGUGGCAAGGCCUUCAGCCACAGUUCGUCCCUGACUCAGCAUCAGAGAAUUCACACUGGUGAGAAACCCUAUGAGUGUAAUGAGUGUGGGAAGGCUUAUACACAGAUUUCCCACCUCAUGAGGCACCAGAGCGUUCACAUGGGAGAAAAACCCUAUAUAUGUAAUGAAUGUGGAAAGGCUUUCAGUCACACCUCGUCCUUCACACAACACCAGACAAUUCACACUGGUGAGAAGCCCUACAAAUGUAACGAAUGUGGAAAAACCUUCAGCCAGAACUCUUCGCUCACCCGCCACCAGAGGAUUCACACUGGGGAGAAGCCUUAUGAGUGCAAAGUUUGCGGGAAGGCCUAUACCCAGAUUUCCCACCUCAUCCAACACCAGAGGAUUCACACUGGAGAGAAGCCUUAUGAGUGCAGCGACUGUGGGAAAGCCUUCAGCCGGAGCACCCACCUUAUCGAGCAUCAGAAAAUCCACACGGGCGAGAAACCCUACAAGUGCAGAGAAUGUGGGAAAACGUUCAGUCACAACUCCUCCCUCACCCAACAUCAGAGAAUUCACACUGGCGAGAAACCCUAUGCCUGUAAGGAAUGCGGGAAAGCCUUCAACCAGAGCAUCCACCUUAUUCAGCAUCAAAGGACCCAUACUGGAGAGAAGCCCUAUAAAUGUAACAACUGUGGAAAAACCUACACCCAGAUUUCACACCUUAUUCAACACCAGAAGGUUCACGUGGGUGGAAAACGCUAUGUGUGUAAGGAAUGUGGGGAGGAUUUCAGCUGGAGUUCACACCUGACUGAACACCGGAGGCUUCACGCUAUGCACAGCACCUACGUCUGCAAUGAUUUUGAGAAAGCCUUUGCAUGGAGCACACAGCUUGCUGAUAUUCCGAGAACUCUCGGCGACCAGAAAGCCUAAGAAAUUAGCAGGUGGGCGAUUCUGAUGCUGGGUUCAGUGCAGCCUUCAUCAGCACCAGUAACUUCCUCCCAGAGAGGAACCCUAACACCGUAUACUGUGAGAGAGAGUUGCUUCUCUGUUUCCUUCAAGGAGCUGGUGCCACUGAUCAUCUGCUGGGA